GCAUCAAAAUCUUUAUCAGUAAAAGAUUCAGAUGUGGGUGAACUUGUCCUAUUAUAUAAAAAGUUUUUAGUUUAUAGGAAUCUUGUAGAAUGUGUAAGACGAAUGACAAAUAUUCUUGCUAAAAAGGCUAAAACCUUUAAAGAUAAAAUAGCUGAUGCCAAUGAGUCUUUUUAA